AUGUUGGAUUAUAGACCUGAAGUUUUUACUACUAAUGAAUUUAGAUUAACUGGGAGCCUUUUUUGUAAUUGCGGGGUUCCAUUCACCAACAGAUAUAGAAAUGUGCCUUGUUAUCAUGUUUUUUGUCAAAAAUGUAUAAAUAAUUUGGAAUCUCAAAACAAGUGUAAAAUGUGUGAUUCUAUUGUAGAAAAGGUUGAGGAACUACACCCAAAUGAAGAUUUAUUCCUAUGCACAGUUCAAAGGUGUAACCAGGCAUUCCUUAAUUUUCCCAGCCUUAAGGCUCACGCUAAAUUAUCGCACUCGGUUUCAGUCGACUCUGUUGACGAUUUUUACGAAAAGUUUGGAGAUGUAGAGUAUUCAAUACCAAAAACACAGUUAAUAACUAAAGAUAAACAAGGAUUUAAGAUAGUAACCAGGAAGAACGUGGAAUCUUCAGAUUCACCUACAAGGUGUGGGAAUCGAGAUUCCAUUGCGAAGAAAGCAGAAAAAUCACCAAAAAGGAAUAAUAAAUCAAAUUUGAAAGAAGAUGAUUUCGAAUCAUUAAUGUAA